UAAAAAUUAUAUUAAAAUAUUUCAUUGAGGAGACAAGUGGCUGGUGUUGUGUCUCAGUAUGCUGUACCUGGCGAAGGGACUCUUCCACAAAGUGGUGCCUGUAGAUCAACAGUUGGAUAUUGACUAUGCUAGGAUAUUCAGAAUGUCAUCAUCAGAACACUUGUUCCGAGUGCCACAGUUGUACACUGCCUCCCGAACUAUGAAUCUUAGGCGACCCGGAGGAGGCUCCAAUAUUCCUAAGUGAAUGGAUGUGUAUAAAUUCCAUCGAUCCAUAGAGCUACAACAUCCAUAAGAGCUACCGACAUGGAUAAAGAAAUAAAAUUAGAAGCAGACAGGUUCGUGUACCAUGAUAGUCUAAAAGAUGAAGACCGGAAGAAAAGAAAGACGCACAAGAAAAGUAGACGGGAGUCUGUCGAUGAGUACGAGAAAGACUAUAAGUCAAGAAGCAGUAGCAAUGGUAGAAGAAGUCACACGAAGAAGUCUCAUGAUAAAGACCAUUCAUUAGACGAAUUAAUGAAGCGGAAAGAACUAUUAGAAGCAUGUCUAGUAGCUUAUAAGUCUGAUAAAAGUGAUGGUGAAACGGAACAGCCAUCACAUAAGAAGAAAAAAGAUCGUGAUUAUGAGUACAGACGGAGCAAUAAACACAUGUCUAUUAAAGACAGAUCAUCAGAACGCGAUAGAUACAAGUGUAAACGAUAUGGGGAAGAUUUAAGACAAAUCAUAAAUAGAGAGCGUAGGAAGGAAAUGGAAAAAGAGAGGGAGUACCGUGAAAGAAAAGAAACGGAACGAAAUCGCGAGAGAGACGUGGAGAGGCGAUCUAUAGAGAUGAAGAGGAAAGAACGGGAGCCUCGAACACGUCAGACGCGAGACCGGUCGCCGAUAGUGCGUCGUGAUCGCGAACGCUCACGUGAUAGAAACCACAGGCGAACCCACAAACAUCAGAAUUCAAUCAAUGAAGUGGCACAAAUAGUUCCAUGUUCAAGUGACGAAGAAUCAAAUUUGGUAAUAAAUACAGAUGAUGAUGAAGAGAUAGAGGAGCAGAUUAUCGAAAAGAGAAGAGAAGAGAGGGAACGACUAAUAAAGAAGCUCCGUGGUAUCAACAAUGGCCCAUUGGAACAACAACAACAGCAGGUGGCAGUCUCCACCUCACCGGAUGUAAAGCCGGACAAUAUGAACUCUGACAUUAAACAGGAUAAAUGUGAAACAAAAGGAGAAAGUGACCAAGAUGAGACCACGAAUUCAGACUCCAAGAGCGAUGUAAGCGGGCUGGCCGGGAAUAUAGACAAUGAGUCCAAAACUAACAUCAAAUUGGAGAAGUCAGUGAAGAGCAAGUCGUGGGACAUGUUCGCUGAUCAGGACAGCUUCAGUGUUGAUACGUCUACAGCUGGAAAACCAAGAAGUGACAAUGCAUUAGAGAACCCUUCAUUGAUAGACAAUUGGGAUGAUGCCGAAGGGUACUACAGGGUGCGAAUCGGCGAGAGUCUGGACGAGCGGUACAAUGUGUACGGUUACACCGGCCAAGGGGUGUUCUCUAACGUGGUGCGGGCGCGGGACCAACGCGCCAACUGCGAUGUGGCCGUCAAGAUCAUCAGGAACAAUGCCAUGAUGCACAAAACCGGCCUCCGUGAGAUAGAAAUUCUGAAGCGUUUGAACGACGCCGACCCCCACGACAAGUUCCACUGUUUGCGCCUGUCCCGGCAUUUCUUCCACAAGCAGCACUUGUGCAUGGUGAUGGAGCCUCUGUCCAUGAACCUCAGGGAGGUGCUGAAGAAGUACGGCAAGAACAGCGGAAUACACAUCAAGGCGGUCAGAUGUAUAAAAGAACAAGAAAUUGCCCAGAAAGAAUGA